AAAUAGAUUACCCCUUCACCCCUCUCCCCCAGUGACUCCCCCCCACUCACUCCUCCUCCUCCUCCCUUUUUUUGUUGUCUUCCUUUGUGCAGUUUUUUUUUUUUUUUUCACGAGCGAUGGCGCAUAACGCGGCGGAAACCGUGCGUCCUCGUAGAGGUGAUGUUUUAGUGAGUGGACGGAAAUGUCGCUUCCUGCAUGUGCACCUUAACGGUGUGAGUCUUUGCGUGAGAGAGAGAAAAGAAGAGAGAGUUUAGGGCGGGUGUCGCUUUUCCCACCGGACUAGAGCUGCAGCAGGCUACGGUUGGAGUGUCGUGAAGAGAACUGGAAGAGACAGAGGGGCGUCUGGGACCCGACUGAGAGAGGGUGGGACGUUUAAUUAAGUGUUUUUGCAGAUAAUUUUCUCUGUCACCAUGUGGGGAAAAACUAAGAUGGCAUUCCACUAAACCAGGACCAGAGACAAGAGCAAACAGAGGCAAAGGCAGCAAGACAAAAUCAGAUCUUCUUCUAAAUCUUCCAUCAUUUAGAAAAAGGAAUAACUCUUUUUCGACAGUUUUCACAAGAAAACAGUAAAAGUAUCAAAGAGAGAACUCUCCGCUCUUCCUUGUGAAAUUCUUCCCUUUGACUCUGACCCUUGACCUUAGCCCUCAGUAUGAGCGGUCUGGCAGGGAAACUAGACCCUCGGAGGGUACAAUGGGCCUCGACAUGGAACACCUUUGCGUCCCGUGUCCUGAGGACCAAACCUGUGGAGUCCAUGUUGGAUUCGGCCAUGACAGGUACCAGCUCACAUGGGACGAGGCUGGCCCGGGUGUUAUCUACAGUGGACCUGGUGUCGCUGGGUGUUGGCAGCUGCGUCGGGACUGGGAUGUAUGUGGUCUCGGGGCUGGUCGCCAAGGAAAUGGCUGGUCCGGGGGUCAUUGUGUCCUUCAUUAUCGCCGCUGUGGCCUCCAUACUGUCAGGAGUGUGUUAUGCAGAGUUUGGUGUGCGGGUGCCUAAGACCACAGGUUCAGCCUACACAUACAGCUACGUGACUGUGGGCGAGUGUGUGGCGUUUUUCAUCGGAUGGAACUUAAUUCUGGAGUAUCUGAUUGGGACGGCGGCGGGGGCGUCGGCUCUUAGCAGCAUGGCAGACUCACUGGCCAAUCACAGCAUCAGUAACUUUAUGAUUGCACACAUCGGAACGCUUAAUGGCUUGGGUAAAGGGGAGCAGUCGUACCCAGACCUGCUGGCGCUGUUGAUAGCGCUCCUGGUGACAGUGAUAGUUGCUUUGGGAGUGAAGAACUCUGUGGGCUUCAACAACGUGCUGAACGUCAUCAACCUCAUAGUGUGGGUGUUCAUGAUGAUCGCCGGGCUGUUUUUCGUCAACGGAGAGAACUGGGACGAGGGGAGGUUCCUGCCCUUUGGCUGGUCAGGGGUGAUGCAAGGAGCAGCCACUUGUUUCUAUGCCUUCAUUGGAUUUGACAUCAUUGCUACAACAGGAGAGGAGGCCAAGAGUCCCAACACCUCCAUCCCCUAUGCCAUCACUGCCUCACUCAUCACCUGCCUCACUGCAUAUGUCUCUGUUUCUGUGAUCCUGACCCUGAUGGUACCAUACAAUGAGAUUGACGCAGACGCCCCGCUCAUGGAGAUGUUUGCAAUGCAUGGAUGUAUGUUCGCAAAGUAUAUUGUGGCGGUGGGCUCCAUAGCUGGGCUCACUGUAUCCCUCCUCGGGUCCCUGUUCCCCAUGCCCAGGGUCAUCUAUGCCAUGGCAGGGGACGGCCUGCUGUUUAAGUUCCUGGCCAACGUGUCUUCCUACACAGAGACCCCUGCUGUUGCCUGCGUGGUAUCGGGCUUUCUGGCUGCCCUGCUGUCCCUCCUGGUCAGCCUAAGAGAUCUCAUAGAGAUGAUGUCCAUAGGAACCCUGCUGGCCUAUACCCUGGUAAGCCUUUGUGUACUUCUAUUGCGUUACCAACCUGAGGGCGACAUCCACGGCUUUGUGAACUUCCUCUCUGAGGAGCAGAGCAACAAGAGAAAAGAAGGUGUUCUGGCUGAGUGCGAAAAAGAUGCCUGUUCACCAACCAGUGAGGCGGAUGAGUAUGGAGGUCAGCCCACUAACACCUGUGGCGCCAAAAACCUGCCGUCAUUGGGUGACAAUGAGAUGCUCAUUGGCAAACCAGAUAAAAACGCCUACACUGCCAGCCACCCAAACUAUGGCACAGUGGAUAUGACCACUGGCAUUGAAGCAGAAGAGUCAGAGGGCGGAAUGUCCCGACGGUUGAAGAAGAUCAUUGGCCCACGUUAUUACACCUUGAGGAUCCGAUUGGGCCUCCCGGGAAAGAUGGACAGGCCAACUCUGGCCACGGGAAAAACUGUUACAGUGUGUGUGCUGCUACUCUUCAUCAUCAACUUCGCUUUCUGCUCCUUCAUCAUUUUUGGAUCGAGCAGUAUUGGAGAGGGUCGUUGGUGGGCUUUGAUGCUAUUAAUCUUCUUCAUCAUCUUCAUUGCCCUGCUCAUCAUCAUCAUCCUCCAGCAACCAGAGAACCCUAAGCGGCUUCCUUACAUGGCACCCUGUGUGCCCUUUGUACCUGCUUCAGCCAUGCUGGUCAACAUCUACCUCAUGCUAAAACUGUCUGCUAUCACCUGGAUACGAUUUUCAAUCUGGUGCUUUGUGGGUGUUCUCAUCUACUUUGGCUAUGGCAUGUGGAAUAGUACACUGGAAAUUACGGCCAGAGAGAACGAGGUGCACGCUUCCACCUACCAGCGCUAUGAUCAAGGUGUGGACGAAGGCUUCUGCGGCUUCGAUGACGAUUUCUAUCCACCUACCACUGAUCCCUGGGCUGCGCCAGGUGGGGGGUCAGGGCUCACCCCGCCCCCUGCAGCAAAACCGGAAAGUGACGGGACGCCAUCGAAAGUUGGAGGCAGGACCGUUGCCAAUCACGGCCUUGCGGAGGAGGAUCCAAUGGAUUUCUGAAGGGACUGACCCUGUGUUACCCUGAAUGUACUGCCUUGUCUGCUGCCUGGGGAAAGGGAGGGGAACAGUAGUGUGAAUGCAUGAGUGAUUGUGUGUGUGGGUGCGUGUGUGCAUGCCUGCAUGUGUGUGCGUGUGUAAUUGUUUGUGUGUGUAACCCUUGGGCUAGAUAGUUUCUUGGCAGUGGAACCGCUUUUCAUUCACCUUACUCGACCACACUUGGCUGUCCAGCUCACACAGCAAAUGUGGACGUCAAGGUCAUGAGUGUCUUGUCACAGUCACUUGUUAUUCACUUACCGGAGUCCACUUCCCACACAAGGAAAGGGCAGAUAGGAAAGGGCGGACGUAGCGAGAGAUAAAAUUUAAUGUGUCUCACUGUACUGUGAAUAAUGACACAUUCUUCACUGAGCAAUCAGUGAGCUGUUUAUAUGUACGAAUUUAAGGGAUACAGGAGAGGGUAAGGUGAUGAGUGAGGGACAGAUGAUUCAGCACCUCUCUUCCUGUUUCAACAUAGACAGACAGGAAAGUUAGAUGACAGCAUGCCAAGCCCAAGCUAUUUCCUAUGUUUAGGUAUGACUUUCUCUGCUCGUUUUACAGGAAAACAGCUACAAAUGCUCUCAAAAACACACAAAAAAAUGUAAAAGUGCUUUCUUUCUGUCUAAAUAUUUCCCCUGACCCCUAACAUCUAGCCCAAGGGAUUCAGGACAGGACUGGGAAGAAGGUGUUGAUGUUGUCUGUCACAAAUAGUACUUGGACUUUGCUUGCAAUAGUGCCUUCAUCUCCUGUAUGUGUAUGUGAGUUUCUUAUUAUGUCUGUUUUUUACUUUAAUUUUGCUUGUGUAUUGUAUGUGUGAGGGUGUAUGUGCAAUCAAACGCCACCUUUUACAUUGAUUUUCAUGUCUGUGUGUCGAUAUAAAGUGUGUUCUUUGGGUUGUUUUACUCUCUGUGUGUGUGUGAAUGAGUAGGUAUUUGUUUCGUUUUGUUCUUCCCACUCCUUGCCCCAGCAUGAAGCUCAAAAUCAAUCCACCGGCAACAAAGCAGUUCAUGGUGCAAUAUAACACUUGCUUGUCAGCUCAUCGGUGUACCUAAAACGAGUAGAGAGUGUAACAGAGAGAGAGAGAGCAGGUUGAAUCCUAAUUGUCAACCUUUAUUGUGAUGAAUAUCAUAAUUUCUGUUCAGUCUUGUCUGUGUGCUCGUCUCUCCAUUGAUGCAGUUCUUGCUGUACACCAGGGUCGGGAAGGUAUACGUUUUCAGUUCAUUCAAUUCAGGAAAUUGAUUUUCCUCAUAGCUUGUAUCAUUUCUCCUAGAGGAGAAAAAACAAAAUUAGAGACUGUAGAAAGGUAGUUAUGGAGAGAGGGGGGUCAGGAAGGGGUAUGGUUGUUUUUUUUUUUGACUUUUUUGGGAAAGCAGGUGAGGGUCUUUCAUUUUUUUUCACCUCAGAUUUAUAUUUUAUUGAAAUGUAUACUUUGCAGAUUCAUUGUAAGAAAAAAAGAACAAUUCUUCACGCUUUGCCUCUUUUAGUUAUUAGUUAUGAGUCAGGUUAUACCAAUACUGUUACAUUAUAUUGAGCUAUUGAGAGGACGGUUUUUUCUAGUCAGGGGAAUCACUUAGGGAAACAGUCCAGAACUAACUGUCUGUAACUGAGAAGGAUUGUGUUGUAAACAGAGUUUUACUUUUACAUUGAGUGAACUGAAAUCUAAUCCCUCCACUUCCAUCACUCUGCCUUUCUCCUCCCCUCCUUAGCUUUUUACUCCUAUCCUUCUCUCUUCUCUACUUACGUUCACCACUCCUUUCCUCUUCCAGCCAAACUCUUCCUUCUUUUAUUUGCCACUUCACCCUGCUCUUGAUAUUCAUCAGGCCAUGUGAGCAGGGAGUUGCCACUUUAAGUCACGAGUGAUAGAGCUGGGAUUGGUUUUCAGUCAGGAUUUGAAAUAGCAAUCUGUUCAUGGCCUGACGAUCUAUUAGCUCCUGUUUCACUUCAGGGUGUCUGCUAUCGCUGUUCGGAUUUGUCACCGGAGCAUUUACUCCUCUCCCUGUGGUUCAGCGCAUAUUGCUCUGAGUGAAACUCCCUGUUGCCCCAACCUCUUUUUUAUGCACGUAGCUAGUGUUGAAGUCCCAGUCUUUACAUGUUACCUACUGUUGCUUCACCCUUAACAUAUUGUGAAAAUCAAUCAAAUCAAAUCAUGGUCCUGUAGAGCUAAGUGGGUAGGACAUGCAAGCUAAUGCUGCCAAGGUUAGGGGUUUGAUUCCAUACUAAGAAUGUAUACACUCAUGGCACUGUAAGGGAUUUUGGCAUAGACCAAAUAGCAUACAGUGAUGUUGAGGGUGGGGGCACUUCUACAAUAGCUGCUGCUGUAUGCCCUGAUUGUCCUCCUGGUACCUUUUCCUUCUUGCCCCCUGUUGCUGCAUCGGUCCCUUCUAGGGAAGCCUUAUUUGUCUAAUGCACUAAAUCUAAGGAUGCCACGCUAAACCCCCACCCUACCUCUUGUCCUCCCACAUCAAUCCACACUGAAAAAAAUGUGAUUCCUUCAUGCAGGAAUAGGCCCUUUGGUGUCAUCCAGUGAAAUAAUUGUGAUGCCCAUCCCAAAAAACAGCCCAGUAUCCCAACAAAUUAUGCUCAUAUUGGACGAUUCUGCAGAUUAGGAAUACAGUAAGUAGUCUGCCCUUUCUAUAGUGUUGAAGCAUAUAAGAGUGUUGAAGUUGGGGAGGUGGAUGGGUGUGGCCCAUUUGACUUUCAUGCAGAGACUGAUAUGCCCAUCAAAGACCAACCAUGGCUGUAGUUAACAUUGAGGUCACGGUUGUUGUACCUUUUCUGGAAAUUUUGGUGGUAUAGUGGCCUGGAGGAAAUUUAGAUUCACAGUACUCUAUGUCUAUAUCACCAGUGUACAACAAACCAUGUCAGCUUGUUCCAGGGCUGUGAUUACUAUAUAUCACACACGCACGUCACAUACAAUGAGCACAUUCUGUCUGCUACGUUGGGUCAAAUUGAAAGUUGCACAUGGUGUAUAUUUUACCAGCUAAUUCCAGUAUUUCUAAACGCAAUAUAUUUAAGUUUGACAACCUUUAGCACAACAUAAUUGAAUACAUAAUUAAUUCAGUAUUUCCCCAUCAAAAUGUUGCCCCUGAUGGCGUUGAAGGCUUUGAAACAGCCUAGAUCUUCAUGUGGUGAAAUAAAGGAGAAAAAAGUACAGACUUUCUUUUUGGUGUCUGGUUAAAAUUUGCGAAGGGGAGUAGGGUUUCGGGGACUUGGACUGAUGACUUCAGUAUUUUUUCAAAUCCUAGCUACAGCCCUGAGACCAGCUAUUUCGCUGCCCUCUUUUUUACCGUAACCAUGAUCUUUUCCUAAGCUAAGUCACUUGUUUUAGUUGCCUAACCUUAACCAUAGUUCAAUCAGCCAACUCACAUGGAGGAAGGGAUUACUGUGAAUUUAUGUUUGGCAUGUAGACUCAUUCUCCAUAAGGAAAUGAAAAGCUCAGCAUAGCAGGGAGCGGGGAAUGUUAAUAAUAACCACAACCAUAAUAUGAUAUGAACCAACUUGUAGGUGUUAUGCAUGGAUGUUAUUGUUGACAUUGAACAUAAGCUGAGGUUUUGCAGAAUUGUCCAAUAUCAAGGUUCUGUCUGGUGAUAGGGUUGGAGAAAACAGCACAUCCUGAAACACUUGCACACUGUAUCUCACACAUACAUCCAAAUAUUCCACUGUAAUACUAUUCAGCCAAAAUAUCUUCCCCAUCUAGAUCACCUCCCAACUCAACCAAACCAAUCCAACCGCUUUGCAUUCAUAGCUCAGCCAAAACAAGACGGCAAAUUUAGGUGUUGCCAUGCCUCUGACACUGGACUGUACAGUCAACUUACUAUAUUGUCUGCUCUGUGUGUAUGCAUACAAGUGCGUGAGCGCAUGUACAGUAUGUGUGUAUGUAUGUGUGUUUGUGGUCUACGCCUGCGCCUCAAUGUGACUGUCUGGUGAAUGUGUAGCAUGCUCUCAUGCACGAGGCCCAGACUGUAAAUGUUGUACCUGCAUGUGGUGACUGAUCGCAACGAGACAUAAUAGAACACUAAACCAAACCAAACGGAGGCUUAGUUCUUAUACCUGGGAACGUCGGUCUGUGUGAUCUGAGAGGAUUUAACAGGUGCAUUACAACUGAAUCAGCUUCAAAAACAUUAUUGUUCUGGAUUCUUACCAGUAAAUUGGGCUGAAGGGUAUUUUAUUCAUUGCACACUUCUAUCAUCUCUAUUCAGAAUCAAACCCAGACCUUUCUUAUACAACUCAAUGUUAUGUUAAAUGAGAAAUGAAUUCUAAGAGCUAAAAGAAGAUUAUUUGCGGAAUUCAAUUCGAGUCUUCACCUACCUAUUCUUUCUAAGCUCACACGGUAAUCUCUUCACCCAGAUAUGAGAACCAGGCCUCCGUUUGAAAAGGAAGUAGAAUAUGUAGCAAACACAUGGGUGUGGGGAUGACUCCUCUCGCAUCCUCCCUCAACCACUUACAGUAUGCCUACUUCCUGUAUAUCCCUCUUCUCAACCACAACCUCUGCAAGCCAAAGUCCACAAUGUUUGUUUACCUUUCACAUACAGGAGACUGCGGUUUCUUCAAAGUGAACACUUAAGAUACAACAGAGCUAACAGUUUUUCUUGGGGGGGUCUGCUAAUAAGCUACCAAUGUCAGUUUAUCACAAAAAGAUAGAUUUUUUUUCUUUUCUCACAGUGACUUUAGUCAACAGUGCAAUGAUCAUUUUUAGAAUCCUAGUUGCUAAGUAUUUCAUUGAAAGAUAGAAAGUAUUAGUCUAGACUCCAUUGACUGCAGCAGAUCCAUUUGUCCAUUAUGGACAAGACACAGUGAAAAAGUACAACACUGAAGGAGUGAACUAAAAGAAAAGUAUUUUUCUACGGCUGUCUCCCAUCCACAGGUCUCCUGGGGUAGGCGUGCACAACAGAGCUGGGUGGAGUUGUCUGCCUUCACUUUCUGUGUUUUUGUUUAAUCACGAGGAGGCCUGGGAGAAACUGCUAAAAAUAUAUUUUUAACAACCGUAGUCUCUCUAGAAUGAUAAAGCUCAUUUAUAUCCUUAAUCCUUUCCUUUGAAGGGAUUUUGAAAUGGUUGCUCUAGAUGUCAAUAGGACCGUAGAAGGUUUAGGAAUAAGAGUACUACAGAAAACAUGCAGAAACUAUUUUAAUACAAUUCUAUAAAGGGUAAACAAGCAUAAACAAAUAUUGCCACUAUUGCUUUUAAAGUCAGCUACUAUUUGUUUAUUUUGUCUCGGAGAAGGUGUGCCAUGUUCUUCCUGUGCUCUGUGUUCGCUGUGGCCAAGUGUCCAGUCAGUGUGUGUCGGACUUGUUAAGAUUGGCUUCUUUCGCAACAACUAGAUAUUCCUUUAUCCCUUCUGUAUAUUUUGGCACAAAACUGUAUAAUAUAGUUGUUUUUUAUGUUAGUUUUUUAAUGGUUUCUUCCAUGUGUGUGUUAUUUUGCUCCUAGGUGCACAGUUUUUUGCUGAGUUGUUGAUAUUGCUUCCAUGCAACAAUGAAAGUUAUUUAUUGCAAAUACCAAAAA